AUGUCACAAUCCGCGGUAGGACUGCAAGUGCUUCGACCAACGUCAGACCGCAGCCCUCUGGUGAUCAAGAAGGAGGAUGAGGUCAACGUCGAUAUCGUUUUUGUCCAUGGACUGAAUGGCGUUUCUCACGCCACGUGGGCCAAGAAUGGCUUCUUCUGGCCCAGGGAGCUUUUGCAUCAACUACCUGGCGCUAGAAUCAUGACUUACGGCUUCAACACGGGUUUCAAGCGACAGGGCUUGUUUGCCAAGGACCACAUUCGUGCGUUCGAUAUUGCCAGAGAUCUUAUAGACCAGCUCUGCCACCUAAGGCGCGGCCAGGAUACCCGCCCCCUGAUCAUGGUUGCCCACAGCCUUGGGGGGCUCAUCGUCAAACAGGCACUAGUCGAGGCUCGCAGAUCAUCGCAAGCUUCCAUCAGGACGGUAUUUGACGCCGUUAUUUCGGUCAUUUUCUUUGGUACACCUCAUACCGUUGGUGCACUCAUGGGCUUGCAAUAUCGAGAUACUGUCAGAGGUAUUGCCAAGUUUGGUGGCUAUACUGUGCCCCAUGAGAUCCAACGCAAUCUAUCUCUUCAUUCAAAGGAGCUCUUCAAUCUUAACAGAGCCUUUAAUCGGCUACUAGUCCUAGACGCGAAGAAGAUCCUUGUUGUCAACUUUCACGAAACAAAGGCCCGCUACGGGCGACUGAUUGUUGAUGGCUUGACCGCGUCGCUCGUUGAGCGUAGUCGACCGAUCGAGGACGAUCAUGAGGGUAUGGUCAAGUUCGAGGACCACGGUUCGCCCGCCUUCAAGAUAACUAUGCAGGAUAUUUGGCGCGCGCUGCAUAACUGGACAGAGUCUAGAAAUAUGUGCAUUCAGAGGGGUAUGCCACCUUCCCACCCGGCCGCCCUUACAGAAAGGGCUCCAGAUAAUCUGAUUGAAUCCUUCAACGAGUGGAGGAAACCAUUCCUAAUUGUGUACGACAAUUUUCGUGGCGUCUACUCUGAUGACUUUGCGAGUUUGAUGCCAACCCAGGGGCCGUGUGCGAUCAUUUUCACCUCGCGGGAUACCCCUCGUCUUGGACCUGAUGCGAGGAACGACGUGCUUUUGUUCGAAAGUGACGCUCGUUCUAUAGGAAACGACACCAUCGUGAUCGAUCGCUUGAUAACGACUGAUGCCUUGGAUCUCCUUCUUCAAGUCUCUGGGCAUUCUGAUGUCGCCUUGUCAGAAUCAGAGAUGAGCGCCGCGAAACAUAUUCUGCUGCAGCUCGAACGCAUUCCCCGGCUCAUUGAGUCAGUGGGAAAGUGUAUAGGCCAAUUUCAACAACCGGCCCCCUUUUCGGCUUAUCUGAACGCAUACAUGAAUCGCGGCAAGGCUAUCCAAUUCAUCGCCGACACCUCAGCUAGCAGGCUGCCAGACACCAGCAUAUCAGACCGAUCUGUCGUUAAGUUUGACCCUCAAAGACUCCUCAAAUUCGAUUCUUUGGAUGAUAACAAUACGGAGUCCGACACAGAGACCAGCAGCAUCGUGCGCGCUGGUGUCUUCUCUGGUCCUGAGUCUUGUUCAGAGUCAGACUCGUCAGUUGCACCUACAAGAGCUCGCCCCCAUCAAAUCGUGGAGGUUGCCAAUGCUCUUCUUCAUCACACUGAGUUGAGGUCCCUCUUCAUGAACGCCAUAUCUAGAAAGCUGGAGAGCAUCUGGAGACUGAGGCAGCAACCUUCAUCGGACAGAAUCCAGGUUCUAUAUCAGACGAAAUACGCCGACAAAUUCUUUUUAUGCUGUCGUCCUCCCGAAGUAUAG